AUGUGCUUUGAAGCACUUGAUCGGACGCUCAGGGAUCUUAUGUCAGUUACCGAUCAACAUAAGACACAUAAACCAUUUGGUGGUAAGGUUGUUGUUCUAGGAGGUGAUUUCAGACAGAUACUUCCGGUGAUUCCGAAAGGAAGUAGACACGAUAUAUUGGCAUCCGCUAUUAACUCAUCCCAUCUCUGGUCAUUUUGUAAGGUUCUGAAACUGCAUACAAAUAUGAGGCUUCUAAUGUCUUCUUCGGAUCAAGAUGAAGGUGAAAUGAAGAGAUUUGCUAAUUGGAUACUUGAUGUUGGAAAUGGAAAUAUUGGCUCUAUUAUUGGUGAUGAAUCAGAAGUUGAAAUUUCAGAUGAUCUAUUGAUUACAACUACUGAUGACCAUUUGGUAGACUUUGCAUAUCCAAAUUGUUGUAAAACAUGUCAGAUUACAGGGAUAGAAAAGAAGUAUUUGAGCUCUAACACAAUAUGUCAAGCUGAUGAGAAUGAAGAUGUACAACAAGAGUGGUUCACACCAGAGUUCCUAAAUGACAUCAAAUAUUCAGGAUUGCCAUUUAAGUUCCAACAGAGACAAUUUCCAUUAACACUAUGCUUUGCAAUGACCAUUAACAAGAGUCAGGGUCAAUCAUUAUCACAUGUAGGACUUUAUUUGCCAAAAUCAGUGUUCACCCAUGGACAACUUUAUGUUGCUUUGUCAAGAGUUAAGAGUCGCAGUGGCCUCAGGGUUUUAAUUCUAGACGAAGACGGUAAUCCAAAGUUAUCAACAACAAAUGUCGUGUUCAAAGAGGUUUUUAAUAAUAUUUAG